AUGAGAGGAGAAAAGUUUGUACAAGUACUGAAUUUACUCUUUCUUUUGGGCGCCGGGCUGCUAGGCUUUUUUUUGAUUCUUUCGGGCGGCAAAUCUGGCGGGGUACUGGAUGGCUUCUAUUGGUUUGAAGCCGAUACUAGCGGAUUUAAUGAUGCCCCACAACUAACCAGAUGGUAUAACUAUGACUGGUGUGCGGUUCGAGACAACCAGGUGACAAAUUGUUCAUCCAGAGCUCCCGCCACGGCUUUUUCGCCAAGGGACAAUUUUGGGAGAAGCAAUGAAAUGCCGACUACGUUUUUGGACAAUAGAAACGCUUAUUACUACUUGUCGAGGGUCGGCUGGGCCAUGUUGUUGAUUGGACUUUUCUAUAUAGUACUGUCGAUCAUUCCAGCUAUUGUUCUUUUGUUCAAGUCCUCAGUAGCCAUGCACAUAUGGCAUAAUUUAGCCAUAUGGGCGGCUCUCUUAUUUGUAUUGCUCAGUGCGUGCCUGUACACGGGCUGUUACGUUAAGGCGCGGUCAGGCUUCAAUAGCGAGGGAAGACACUCCAAAUUGGGAGCCAAAAUGUUUGCGUUUAUUUGGACUACGUCAUUUCUGCUCAUGUGGAAUGCCGCCUGGGCGGUCGCCGGAGCUGUUCUUUCGAAACGCGACAGGUACAACGCCUACGGACGUGGGGAGGUGUAUGGCACUGGUGCGACAUAUAAUUCCAGCUCUAGCGACGGUCACAUGGACAAAUCGACAUACAAUAGUGAACAGCAACAUAAUCGCGGAAGAUUUUUUACGAGGUUGGGAGCUAAAAACAAGUCAGCAAACCCUGCAACAACGGCUGAACCUGAUGAGGUUGAAUAUACAACCACUGAUUAUGUAACCCAACCCGCCACAGAGGCGAACAGAACAGAACAGGUUCCUUCAGCAGUUUAA